AUGAGCAUUAGGACCCGCGAAAGAGACCUAUAUGAGCCGCCGCAGUUAGUGCUGUCAUACAUGGAGACGCUCAAUCUCACAAUGGACCAGUGCCGCACGUCCAUUGACAGAUCAACUCUUUGUAUUUCCAUAGCCUCUAGAUACAGGACUAUCCUCUAUAGUUCGAUAGAUGCAACGCCACAGCGCCUUCUUAUUCUGGAAACAUCACCCUUCAGCCCCGCAGAUGAGGCUCUCGGUGAUCCUUUGCUGGCCAACCAGGUUCACAACGGUAAUAACAAUGAAUUUUUGCUAGGACCGGACGCUGUACCGUCAACCGCUUACCCCAGCAAUCCCUUUGUGUUUACCUUUGAGUCAGUCUUUCCUGGAAUCAUGGCCGACCUUCCUCAGACGGCUGUGGCUAUCACGACAGAUGGGUUUCUUCUCUGCUUUAGCGACCUUCAAAAGGACUUUAGACGGGACCGCCUGUGUCUCGUCCGUAGCAGAUUAUGUAAUUAUUUGAAUCUCUAUCCCACAGAAUUUGUAACGGCGGCCGAAACCGCUGGAGCAGGCAUACUGCCCGAUCCUCCGCAUGCAUCCAGGAGCUCUAAAGCAUUACGAGUAACUUUGCUUAUUGGCACCAGCCUUGGGCGCAUUCUGAGGGUCACACUGAGGAUUGAUGAGCAGCUGGACUUUGAGAUUUCCAAGCGGGCCCCCAUGUCUGCGGUCAGUGUCAAAGAGCGCAAGUCACUCAGGCUCCAAGCAAGUAGUUGGCUCGGAUCCUUUCAUAAGGCUGAUCCCAUGGCUCCACAGAGAGGAAUUAUCAAGCGGACAAAGGUGGCAGUGGCACAGUUUUGUAAAGGGAUGCUAACGGGAAUGCCAACCAGGGCCAGUCCUAUUUCGCAAACAAAUUCAGCAAUCAGUAUGACUGUUGGGCGAAACAGCCUCUUGGGCAGCAAUAAGCUGGGGAUACGGGCAUACAAUGUUCCUUACUCUUCCUGCACUCUUGAACUGGUUGACGAGCCCUUCCCCACAAGAUCUUUAGGAGGUCGAAAAACAGCGCACUCUCUGCUGGAACAGAUGCGCGAGUUCUUUUCUGGCUAUACGGAGGUUGACAGGCUUGCGUAUCCCAUUGCACUAAAGCGCCAGGUGCUUCUUCAAAUGAAGGAGGCAGGACAUGUCCUGACCAAGACCGGCGGUGAGAAGGAGCUUCUAAAGCUCAUGAAGCCUCCUAAGCGCACGCAUCUUCAAAGAAGCAUCGGACUGAAGCCCCAACAAAUCGAGGGCAAGAGGCGGCUGGGAAGAUGGGCUGAAGAACACGAACAGCUUCGUCGCAACAACCUGCUCAACCCACUGGAGUUGACUAAUGUCGAUGGCGUACAGCUAUAUGAUCCACAAGGCGAGCAAUUUAGGUCGCUGCAUCAAUCAGAGCUAGACCAAGGCGGGAUCUAUAAAGAGUAUAAAAACAAUGCUAGAGUCUACUUUCCAGAAAUACCCAAUGAUGCCUGGGUCUCUAACUUUCUUACCUUGGAUCCAGUUCUCCGCAUCAGGGUUACCGACUUGGAAACAACUUCCACGGCUAUCAACGGGCAAGUAUUGAUUAUCUAUGAAGACAGAAUUGUUCUGCUCAAGAAGAGAAUUCCGGUUAUAAAUGCGUUGACUAGGUAUGGUCGAAGGUUUCUCUCUAACGUUAAAUAUUAUGGAGCAAGUUACCGGCCAGAGAGCCUUGCCAAAGGUGACAUUAAGCAGUCUCUGUUUGCCAGCAAAAGCAGGGCCGAUAAAGAACAGCCUAUCGCUGGUGAACUAUCGAAGGAGGCUUACGACAGACUCUGCUUCUAUGGCUUAAUUGACAGGCCUCCUGAUUCUGUUGGAUUGAGAGUGUGCGAUACGUCCUCAAUGGUGUUCUCAUCACAGGCAAUUAUUCGGGCAGACGAGCUAUCUACUCUUUUCCCCGGAACUAGGUACGUUUCCUGUGCCACAGAAACAAUCCCACACAUAGACUAUGAAGAUGAACGCGCUUAUAUAACGAUGUCAGAUUGUAACGUUAUAGAUAAGAACUCCGUCAUUCUUCUAUAUUCAGUUAUAGCCCUAUCAGAGAGCAAGAAUCUUCGCUUGAUUGAUAAUUGUCCACAAGAGGGCUCGGUCACAUAUUCCCUUCUUUAUUACAAUCAUCACACAAAUGUGAUUGUGGCUGAUAUCCUGCUCAACCCUUUAGUUCAGCGCAAAGAAGGACGAGUAUCUGAGAUGCCCGUUGAAGGCCCCGGCCUCGACGACGCUCAUAUGCACUCAGGUACAAUGAUGAUAUCCCAUAUCCCUGUCUCCGACAAGCUCUUCUCUAAGCAGACGAAGCACAGUAGAAGAUUCAAGUCAGAGGCGCUUAAAGAUUUAGUUAUCGAUAUGUUCAACUAUUCUGUCGAAAACUUCCCUCUUGCCGACUUCUACUCUAGACGCCCAAGCCUAGAUAUCCCCCUCUUAAAUAGCAAAGUAGGAUACGUAGUGACAGGAAGCCGGGUGUUGUGCACGAGAGUGUUGUCUGGAAUUUCAGAUCUCUCUCCACAAGCCUUGGCCCUGGCAUAUGGUUCUCCAGGGACAAGCUCUCAUGUUUACAUUUAUAACAAGCCGGGAGACUACUUCCUGCAGUACAGGGAUGAAUUGCCCCAAUUUGUUGAAUCCCUUUUCAACACCCCCAUUGAUCCUAGCCUAAUGCAUAAGGUAACUUCCGUGUUACACGGACUUAGAUCAACUAAAGCACGGAUGGCACACAGCAUCAGGAGCGAACUUCUCAAGCGGUAUACUGUGCUCUAUUACGGAUCAUUACCAAACUUACUUACCGUCCACGCUUCACAGAGGAAAAAUAUGGCCUUUACAAACAGGCUUGGACUCACCGGGAAAGCAUUUGAUGACCUUAUGCUCACUCGUGUGCCUGUGGCAUCCGUUCUAAAGUCCCAAGGAAUGAGCAGGAGCGAUAUGACUUGCAGAAAUAUUGAUAAUAUUUAUGACUCGCAAGCCGUUGUGCAGCUCAAGCCGUAUGGCUCAGAGCGCUUUACUGGUCGCAAUUUUUCAUUUCCACAAGGCGCAGGAUCCAUCAGUUCCUACGGAUUCGCAUCUCGGCGAGCCAUCCAUCGCAAGCUGCGGCUCAUCAAGACAGUCCACCUUACCAGCAUUCUUCUCCUAACAAACCAGGGUUAUCUACGCUCUCUCAGUAAUUACAUUGAGGCCAUUGGGCAGACCCCUGAAGGUGCCACAGUUGAACCCCUCGACAGGUCAUUGACUGGGAACGUCAACAUGGAUAUACUUUUUACCUCACAUAAUGGUGGCUCGUGUAGUAAGCUUGGUGACGGAGCGAGACGAGAAUACCUAGAAAAGCGCCUAAAGCACACAGACCCAACUGGCGGCUCGAAGCUCACGCCCUACGAUCUCCUCCAUGCAUCCUACAGUGCAUAUUGCAGCGGAGAUGCUCUUUUCAACCUCUUGUUCCAAACACUCGUCCCAGCAGAUCUGGAGAGGCUUCUUAUACACAUAACUGACCGUUCUAUUAUCAAUAAUAUAGAAGACCCCAUCUGGUGUGCACGCGAACACACCAGUAGUGAUAGGGCAUUCAUGGUUUCUGGAACCCUCUCUUCAGGGCCUGGUUCAUCUAUCGACAGGAAGGAAAUAGCAAGACACAAGACACUCUGUAAGUUGUACUUCAAAGCGUGCAUACAAAAAAUCGAGGAUCUCAUACUAUUCAUUACAUUUCUCAAAGAGACCGGGCUAUGGGGUGUCAAAAGCCUUGUUACGGCCGAUCUGAAAAUGAAGAUUCGAACGUAUUUGGAAGCUCUCUAUGCUAUGUCUGGCCUUAUAAAGUUCUUCUACGUUUACACCGGUCGUGGGAACGAAUCCCCGACCCUUCUUGAAGCUGAUUACUAUCUGCUCACCUUCCACGAGUACUCUAACUUUGUGUCGGAGUACAAUGAGGUACUGGUUUGUCAGCAGCUGCAGCAAAGUAUAGGGAAGAUAUACUCGUCAGUUUGUAAAGCGGAUGGACAAUUCAAUUCCGGCUUUACCAAACUCCGCGAAGCAUGCUUGAAUGGCUUCGAAUCUAUCUUGAGCGGCGUGACCCUGACAACAACCAGUCACCUUCCCAUAGCACACGGUAUUCUGAAGAACGUAAGGUCUGUUCUUGACCCUCUUUCAAACAGUAUGUCAGAUGAGUUUAAAUUAACGCAGGAACGGCUUUUUGAGGUCUUAUCGAUGGCUCAAUCACUCGAUUCGCUCUGUGUUUAUUUGCAAACGGCAUUGGUGUCUAGAGAAACGAACAUUGAUCUGUUGUCAAUUUCGACAUAUAAUGACAUCCCUUCUUGGCUCAACUCUCUUCAUCCAUGUUUGUAUGAUCUCUUCAACGUUAUCUGCAGCCUGGUUAGCCAAAUGUGUAGCAUCUAUAAAAUAUCUAUAGACACAGAUGGCCAGGGAACUCCUGUGUCUUUUGGCCUUCUAGAACACAAUGCAAAGAGCCUUCACGAAUUUGUUCUGGUCCAGCUAGUCAAGACAAGUGCAACCUUAGCAGAUUGCGUCCUCCAAAUCUUCUACAGAUCGAAGGAAGCAGGCUUGGCAAUCCAGUCGUUCAAGGACAGGCGUCGCUCAAUUAACGAAGAGCUGGUCUCUUUACCGGUGAAGGUUAGGCAGGCUGCAACGGUGAUGGCCAAGUACCACGAUUGGUCGAGUUUUGUGCGGUACAGCUUUGCACUCUUUGAGCUUAGAGAUCUGACACCCGCCGAGAUUUCCAGGGUAGUCAUAUUCCAUCCAUCUCUUACACAGAGUGUAGCCGGGUUAUCAGCGUACUUCAAGGAGUACCAGAGCGGGAUUUCUGCCUCUAACGUUGUAUUGGAAUCGACUAUGCUUCCGACAGAAGCCAUCCCUGUCCUUCCCCACGGUCUUUUAGAAAUAAUGGCCAACGUCAUUGAUGUUGGUGCUCUAGCCUUAGACCUAGAGCCCCUUGCAGAGCUCCGAGCAGUCCUCCUUGACGAGCUGGAGGUUUAUGGAUACACGAUUCGCUUCACGCUUUUGGCCAAUGAAGACACUAAUGAGCUAGCCAAUCUCAUCAUUGCCCUAAGGUCAUCUGCCACCGGAUUGAUGAAGGGGGUUCCCCAAAACGAUGCUGUCAUGGAGGCCGUUUACGACCUAGCAGCCAGGUGCUCGCUCUGA